AUGGAUACCUACCGCGUCAAUCGUUACAACAUCACCGAGGACAAAGUAUACACCAACCGACUGAUCCAGGGAGGCCAGCGCUACCAGAAGCUCAAUCUGUCCACUGCUGGUGAGCUCGUGCUCGGGAAAGUCGGGAUCAAAAUCCAGGGGUCGAUGCUCCCUAUCGAAGAUCUUUCCGGCAAGUUUGAAUGCUCCGACGAGACUUUGAACCGGAUUUGGAAGACGGGUGCUCGAACCAUUCAACGCACCGAAAUUGAGGCUGGCACAACACCAGAGUUCUACCAGAUCUCGAGUGAGGGCAUGCUUUGCGAGAGCCAGGCGCCGCAGCCGUAUUCCAGUGUGCAAGCAUCAGCUCUUACGAGCUAUGACCUCACCUUCCAAGUGAAACCGUUGAAAGGAGGAUUUGGAUAUACCGUUUUGAGUGAUACACUUGGGACCGGAAUCUACAUUCUGGUGAAUGUGGAGAAUGGAUCCAUUGCCGCUUAUGCUGGCAGCACCGAUCUCGACGGAUCUCCUCUCGCCGAAGCCACCCUCGGUCCGGACAGCAUCGCCUUCGAUACCUGGAAUACGAUACACACGCAAGUCAACCUGACUGAGAUCUCGGUGUCCAUUAAUGACGCCCCUGUUUUCAACUUCAGCCAGACGAGUUCCUUCUACGGCUCAUUUGGACUGGGAGCUUCUUUCCAGCACAAAGCGCUGUACCAAAACGUCACUCUUUCAACCGGCGGGUCCGACAUCUUCCACUCCAGUCUCACCAGCAAGGAAAACAUGGAAGACUUCCUUGCUGGCACAAACCCCCUAUCAGUCAGCGUUGACGGCGCCCGAAGAGAUCGAAUUGCCUACGCCGGUGACCUCGACAUCACCAUCCGCUCCACCCUAGCAUCAACCUACGGCCUCGACUACCUCAACGGCUCCUUCGAGCUCCUCGGCUCCAACCAACUCACCCCCGGCUUCUUCGUCCCAACCACAAAGAUCCAACAACACCCGCGCACCGCCCUCAUCGACGCCAACGUCACCGGCCUGAUCGGCUACUCCUUCAACCUCGUCUCCGCCAUGGGCGACUUCUACACCCACACCGGCUCCACCCCCUUCGCCCGCCGAUGGGCCCCCGCCAUCACGCGCAUGCUCGACUGGGCGCACAGCCAGUCCGCGGGCCCAACCGGGUUGUUCAACGUCACCGACCCCGCCCUCGGCGGCGACUGGAACUACUACGACCCGCCGCAGUCCGGCGUCGUCGCCAAGUUCAACGCGGCGUACGCCUACGCUCUGCAGGCUGCCAUCCCGCUGCUGUCUGCUGCUGCCGACAACACUGCCAACGACACCAACGAGGCCGAGGUGUAUACGGCCCGCCUCACCGCCCUCCGCGCCGCGAUGAACGAGCACCUCUGGUCCGCAAACCUCUCCGCGUACGCCCUAUCGACGACGGAGGGCAGCGGCCGCACCGCUUUCGCGCAGGACGCCAACGCCCUCGCGCUGCUCGCCGGCGUGCCAGCCAGCACCAACCAGUCCGCCGCGCUGCUCGCCGCCAUGCGUGCCGCGCUCUUCCUCCCCUCCAACGACGGCGUGUUGGCCUUCUCCCCCGCGGCGUCGACCGACCUCGGCUUCGCCCGCCUGUCCAGUCCCUACGCUAGCGGGUACCACCUGCACGCCGCGCUGGCGGCCGGGGAUGCGGACAGCGCCGCGGCGUUGCUCGACACGGUCUUCGCGCCCAUGGCCGACCCGCGCAACGCGAACUACACGGGCUGUUUCUGGGAGACGUUGACGGUGGAGGGGAGGCCGGGAUUGGGCGACGCGACGAGCUUGUGCCAUGCGUGGGGCGCGGCGGCGACGGGGGAGCUGUCGCGGUGGGUGUUGGGCAUCGCGCCGGUCGAGCCCGGGUAUAGCGAGUGGGUUUUCAGGCCGGGGACGAUGGGCGGACGGGUGGGGUGGGCGAGGGGAGGGGUGGAGACGCCGUAUGGGAGGAUGGAGGUUGAGUGGAGUGUGGAGGGAGGGUGGGGGGUUAUUUUGACGAGUCCGAGGGGGACGGUGGGGAGGGUGGAGUUGCCGGAGGGGGUGGUGGGUGGUUGUGAGGGGUUUGAGGUAAACGGCGGAGUGUGUGAUGGGGUGGGUUUCGUUGUGGAGGGGGGUGGGAGGUUUGAGCUCAGGCAGGUUUGA